AUGCAGAACGGAUCCGCCGAUUCGGAUCCCAAGCUCCCUGAUCCUAGCGCUACCGAUGUACAAUCACCUGAUGCUGAAAACUCGGGAGAAGUCCAACUAGAGGCACCGAUUUCUGUAGUUGACGGAGAAAUUUCGAGUGAAUUAAGUGGUGAGGACUCACGCGCAAUGCAGUCGAACCAGGAAUCGGGGAGUGGUUCGAAGCUGGGUAACGCGGAGGGGAGUCGAACGUUUACUAUGAGAGAGUUGCUGAAUGAAUUGAAGAAUGGAGAUGCCAAUGAGAACUCUGGAAGAGAAGGCGACACACCACAUAGCCAACCAAACUCAGAACAGCGAAUCAACCAGAGUAAUGCUGCUAUGGAGUUGUUCAACAAUGUCACGGGGCUUGAUGAAGAAGGUAGAUCCCGUCAAAGGAUUCUUGCAUUUGCUGCCAAGAGGUAG